GGGAGCUGCUGGGUUCGGAACAGCAGAACUCUGCGUAACGGCGUUCUGUGUAUUUCUCGUGGUUUUUUAAAUAGUGUGAAAGGUGGAACAACCGGUCGGAACCUGAUCUUCAGGACCAUCUUUUUGGGGAUUUCGCCUACUUUCGAGGUUUUCAGCGGCGUUUCAAAUCUGGGCGACCUGAGGAGUCCAGUUGUGUCUCUGGAGCCACAUGACGUCACGUUUUCUUGUGCAGCUCGUCGCUUUGUGAGACUUUUCUGUUUUGAGUUUGUUUCUCUUCGUGUGUGUGUGUGUGUGUGUGUGUGUGUGUGUGUGUGACCGGAUGGCCUCCUCAGCAGGAAGUAGGAGUGGAAAGUUGGAGGAGGCGCAGGCGUCGGCACGGAGCUGCGCGAGGCGGCCGGACUUUCUGCCCUGCGACGGCGGACAGUCCGCGUGCACGACGCACAGUCACGGGAAGUGUUUCAAGCUGCACUGGUGUUGUCAUCUGGACUGGUGUCACUGUAAAUAUGUGUACCAGCCGAUGACCAGUGUGUGUUUGCUUCCCAGUUCCUCUGUUCCCUCCUGCCCCUCCGACUACACCUCCUCCUACAAUCUCUCCAUCUUAUUAUCUGAACGAUUCCUCAGAACUGCCCCCUACCUCAUUGCCCCACUCAGGAAACCCUCGCCAACACUCUGCAACAUGUUUGGGGAUGAUGAUGAGAAUGAUGAUGAUUCCAUCAGGAGGAAGGAUGGACAGAGAUGCUGUCCUCAGAGAUGGCUCCUGUCUUCACCCUCCAAGUCGAUGACAUCCAGCAUGCCGAAUAAAGCUGAACCUCCGCCGGUGCCAAAACACCUUCAACCAAUCCAGACUGAGCAACAGUGUCUGGACCGACAGACGAGAGGACAGGAGACACACCACCUUGCAUCCCCCUCCAGCUCUGAGGAUUCAGGAAUAAAUAUGAGAAUAUCUACAAAGUCAUGUGACAAAGAAGAGGAAGUGGAAGAGGAAGAAGAUGAAGAAGAGUUGGGUCGUCAUUACCAUGAAGAGGAGUUUUCUCUGUUGGCGCCUUCCAGGAGCCUGAUGGAGAUUAUAGAACAGAUAAAGACUACUAUCUGACACACACACACACACACACACAAACACAUGCAUGCAUACAUACAUGCAUGCAUGCACACACCUCCAGAGAGCAGAUACACAGUGAUGUAUGUGAAGCCUCAUUAACACAUGAUGUAAAGCAGAAAAAUGUUUGUGUAUGAUGACUUUGUGCCAUGACAAUCAUAGAUCAGACUAAAUAAUACAACAAAAUGUAACUCCUUGGCAAAGUAUAACACUAAUGAUAAUACUAAUAAUAAUUCUUUCGGUGUGCUACAUCACUUUCUGACAAUCCUAUCAGUGUUACAGGAGCAUUCUGCAGCUAACCUGUCCAGGUUCACAUAUAUGCAACGUUUUUUUAAGCUUAAAAGAGGACAUUAAUGACAACUAUAUUUACAAAUCAUGUUAUUUAUUUUUCAUCUAUAUAUUCUACAUUGACGUUCUCGCUAGUCUGGAGUUUUAAUGUGGCUAC